AUGGUGACGGAGUUAUAUACAUUAUCUACAGCUGAGCCGUCCAUUGUUAUGCUUGGCUACUGGAAGGCACAUCGUACACUUAUAAAGGCGCGGGAGUAUGUUAGGGGUACACCUGAAAGUGGAUACGCUGAAUUACCGGCAUAUUUAUACAGGCUGAGGUCCUCUAAUCCGGGGACCCUUACUAGACUGGUCGUUGAUGCAGAAGACAGAUUCAAGUAUGUUUUCAUUGCGAUUGCUGGAUGCAUUAAGGGUUUCAGGUAUAUGCGGAAAGUUGUAGUUGUAGAUGGAACCUUUUUGAAAGGUGAAUUCAAAGGGACUCUUCUGAUAGCGACAACACAAGAUGGGAAUUUUAAUAUUUUCCCUCUGGCGUAUGCGGUUGUUGAUACAGAGAACGACGUGUCGUGGGAAUGGUUCUUUACUCAAUUAAGUAGUGUAAUUCCUGAUGAUGAAGAGCUUGCACUGAUAUCUGACCGGCAUAAAUCUAUUGGUAAAGCUAUCGCUAAAGUGUACCCCCUGGCAAGUCGAGGAAUCUGCACUUAUCAUCUUCACAAGAAUAUUAUCCUGAGAUUUAGUGGGAGCGAAACAUUCCGGCUGGUAAAAAAAGCAGCUGCAGCGUACCGUGUAGUUGAUUUCGAAGAAAUCUUCCAGCAAAUUCAAGAAGCGAAUCCGCAACUGCAUGCUUACUUGGUUCGUGCAGAUGUAACCAAGUGGAGCAGGGCGCACUUUCCUGGUGAUAGGUACAACUUCACCACGAGCAACAUUGCAGAAUCGCUAAACAAAGUACUGAAUCCUGCCAGAGCCUAUCCCAUUGUAGAGUUACUAGAAGCUGUUCGGAAUAUGUUGACACGUUGGUUUGCUACAAGGAGAAAACAAGCUGCCGCAAUGCCAACUUUACUCACCAAAGGAGUGGAGAACCUGUUACAGGCACGUAUUGAACAGUCAAGGCGUCUAAAGGUUCAAGAAAUUGAUGAAGAUCGAUUUGAAGUAAGUGGUGGUAACUCAACGCAUGUUGUCAAUCUGAGGUAUAAGAGGUGUUCAUGUAGGCGUUUUGAUCUAGAGAGGAUGCCAUGCGUACAUGCUAUCGCAGCCGCAUAUACGGCCAACGUAUCAGUUAUAAACCAGCACCAUCCAUACUUCCGCAGAGACAGCCUCUGCAGUGGGUAUGCGGAGGCGAUAAUGCCGAUAGAUACAUCCUGCAUCGUUCCUACUGAUAUUACACCGUCCAGAUGUAAACCGCCUUUUGUUAGGAAUCCUCCAGGAAGGCCAAAGAUGACGAGGAGGAAGUCUUUUGUCGAGGUUGCGUUGGAGACGAAGCGGCCCCGCAAACAGCAUGCUUGUUCUCAGUGUCAACAGGUUGGCCACAACCGUACAACAUGUCCAGCUAAUACGUAG